GCUCACUUCACCGCCGAGUGCCGUUUCAAGGAGUGCGUCUUCGAGAACUACUACGUCACCUACUCCUCCACCUUGUACCGGCAGAGGGAAUCCGGGCGCUCCUGGUACCUGGGCAUCAACCGAGACGGGCAGGUGAUGAAGGGCAACCGAGUCAAGAAGACCAAGGCCUCCGCCCACUUCCUGCCCAAACUGCUGGAAGUGGCCUUGUAUCGCGAGCCUUCCCUCCACAACAUCUUCGAGCAGGCCCUGGCCAAGAAAGCCGAGGAGGGCGAUGGUGGCCCCCGGAAGGAAGCCGCGGCCACGUAG